AUGGCAUCAGCGAAAAGCAACGACACCGUCAUGGCUGGCACAGCCGAAAGCGCCAUCGACCGCCUCAGAAACCAGCUUCGUUCAGACAUCAAGGCUAGGUUCAAGGGCCAAAUGCCUAGGGACUGGCCGAAAGAUUUCUACGAAAGGCCAUUCCUAUACUAUUUCGCGGAAACCUUCCUAAAGGUCUGCAGCCUCGAGCGCAAAGAAGAUAGGGUGGUGGUCAUGGAGGAACUGAAACCGACAUUUUCCGAAUUAGAAAGCGCACUGAAAUUGACUGCGCGCAAUCUGAAGCACCAGGCGCAGGACCAAGAUCCCGAGCAGGCGGUUGUGAUUUUGACGGCGGCUUUCACAUUCUGGGAGAAAAUAAACGAGAUGAAUAAGACCCUAGAGGCUGUCAAAAGCGGAGAGGCUCAUGACUAUUUGAUGGAGUAUUUACGCGAAUUCAAUGCUGGACUAGCACAAGAGGCCUCUGUCAAAAGAGAGAGUCAUGCUGCAGUUGAUGAAAAGCAGAAUGGUCCAGAACCAAAAGAGAAAGCACCAGCGAAGCAAACGGAUAUCCAGGCUUCCCAGUCUGGGACACGAAAGCAGGGGGUAAGCCGAGCCGUCAACGAAACAUGA